AUGCAGCCGCAUAUGCAGCAGCAGCGGCGCGAGGCCGUCACCCUCCCCGUGUGGAUCCCCUUCGGCCUCCUCUUCCUCGUCAUUCUCGGCGUCACAUUGAUCCUCCUCGACCCCAUUGAGACGAUUCGUGAGCUCACCCGUUUCCGAGAAUGGAACUCGCGCGGACAGAUACUCCUCUUGGCCGCGAUACUCUUCCCAGCCAUUGCCGCUUCCCUGCUGCUAGUUAGGCGCGUUAACCUCGUUCGACCAGGAGCAAGCGCAUGGUCGCCCCCGCCGAGGCGCAAGCUCGGCGAACGUGUCUCUCUCGGCGUGUUCAUGGGCAGUGGGGGACAUACUGCUGAGAUGCGUCAACUGCUCAAGAGCGUCGAUAGGAGACGGUAUAGCCCGCGAGUAUACGUCUACUGCCAUGGAGACGAGAUGAGCCUGCGCGCUGUCGCCGAGAUCGAGGGCAUCAAGCAGAAGGACGAACGAAGGGGAGGCGGGUACACUCUCGUCGCACUGCCGCGCGCCAGGAAAGUUGGAGAGGGGCGUAUCUCAACCCUCUUCUCAGCAACCAAGACGGCACUCCACGCCUUCUUCCACACCUUUAUCCUGCCCCUCGCCGACGCGCCAUUGCGUCCCUGGGUCGACGUACUCCUCGUAAACGGCCCCGGCACCGCCGUCGUCCUUGUGGCUGUCGCUUACAUCCGCCGCAUCGUCGGCUUGUCCCACACGCGCAUCGUAUACGUUGAGUCGUUUGCUCGUGUCAACUCUCUCUCGUUGUCAGGCAAGCUCCUGCGAUACUUUGUCGACACGUUCGUCGUCCAGUGGCCUGACGCCGCUGGAGAUGAGCUUAUGCCCAUCGACGAAGACGCAAUCGAGAAGCCCAAGGGCGUCAACGACGAGCCGACACAAGAAGAGCUCAAGCGAGCCUUGGACGAGAAGGAGAGCAGAACCGUGUACCGUGGGUGGCUCGUUUAG